CUUACCGUGUGAACUCUCUAUCCACAAGGGGAUGCACAUGAUAAAUGUGCGUAACCUAUCUAUUCGACAUGGGAGAACUAUGUAUUGCAACACAGUUAGUCGUUAGCGAACGUACACAUGUAUAUGUUAGCAUCACUCUGAGCAUAGUCAUUCUUUUCGCAGUUCCGGGGAUAUUUUGGGACGUGGACAUGUUGCGAGCCGCGUCUUGCCUUAGCUCUCUUUGAGACAGAAACAGGUAAGAUACGAUUUGUGAUGUAAGGUUUGAGGAGAAAAAAAUCUCUAAUAAGGUAGAGGGGACCUAUGACGUACACAGCAGUCACUCUCAAGCACUUUCCAAUUGUCUACCUGUAACAAUCCUUCAAGCUCUUUCCCCGUAUAUUUCCAGACUCUGGUGACGUUGUUUGACAGGCUCGUAUAUAGAACAAUAGUGAGAUUCAGGAG